UAUGUUCUGUCUCACUCCUUUUUUGAUUUUGACGUACAAAGUCAGCUGAUUGGCAUUUAAAAAAAUGCCCUUUUUUUCUUACCUUAAAAUGAUUUGAGAUUAUAAAGGAUCAUUAGUUAAUUUAUUAACCCUAUACCUGUAGUAGAUGCAAGAAACCUGAGAGGCAUCAAAAUGGAUCCAGAAGUGGCCAAAUAUAUGCGAACGGAACGCAAACCGGGCUCCCUAGACGUCCAUCCUCAUUACGACGCAAUAAUCCUAAACUACGAAGUUAACGUUCAAAUUCUAGGCCCCAACGAUAAUCCUUUACACGGCGAAAAGAAGACAUUAAAAAAAACCAUAGAAUUACCGAUGAUCAAUAGCAGAACGGAUCCGCAUAGUGUGGCGAGAGAAGUCGUAAACCAAUGUGAUUUAAUUCAUCAUUCCAGGAUUCCCGAAGUGGAACAGAUUAUUUACUACCUCAAGAAGAGAAAGUUGCACGGAAGUGCCAGGGGUGACUUUGAGAAAAACGGCGACAUUAACAACGCCGCUGAAGCGAAUUAUAAUAAUCUUGCUGAUUAUAUUGAUCUUCUUUACGAGGGUAUGGCGGAAAAGGUCAAGGGGGCACAUCUGAUCCAGAUCCUGGCCAGAGAUCCGGAAAAUCUGGAGGCCCUUUCCAAAAACGAAACUCUCAUAAGUGCUUUAGGUCGGGUGCUACGCGAAGACUGGAAAAGAAGCAUCGCCUUAAGCAGCCAUUUAGUUUUCACCUUUUUCUGCUUCUCUAUGUACUCGACGUUUCACCAUAUUAUACUCAAAUGCAAAGUCGGCUCAAUUUGUAUGGACAUAAUAGAUUUCGAACUUAGAAGGUAUGACAAGUGGAAAGCGGAACUGGAAGGUGCUCAACCGCCAUCUGACGUACCGAUCGUAAAGAAAUCUUGUCCAAGCAGCGCGAGUAUGUCAGAGAUACCCCGCAGUAGAAUUCCUGAACCUGUCCGUCCUAAAUCAGGUCAUUUCGGUGAUUUAAACAUUAAAGCGGCUGCAGAAGUGAAAACUCCCGAAAACAACAAGCAGUUAGAUGGUAGCGUGUACGAUGAACUUACUACGUCAAUGGAAAGCUUAGAAGACAAACGCCUUACCCCCGAACAGAAACUUAAACGUUUCAGAACAUUAGUUAAGAAACAAGAGCAUUUACUGCGAGUUGCUUACUACCUCCUCCUAAACAUUGCAGAGGACGAAAACGUCGAGGAAAAAAUGUCUAAAAGAAACAUCGCAGGGUUGCUCAUAAAGGCCUUGGAUCGCAACAAUGACGACCUACUAAUUCUAGUCGUAACAUUCUUAAAGAAGUUAUCGAUAAUGCAAUGCAAUAAGGACAUAAUGGCGAAUUGCAACCUGGUGGACAAACUACCGAAGCUGUUAAACUCGAGGAGCGCCGACCUAGUCCAUUUGACUCUAAAGCUCUUGUUCAAUUUAUCCUUUGACAAUAAGAUCAGAAGUAAGAUGAUUAAAGCGGGUCUGAUUCCUAAAGUAAUCAGCUUCAUGGGUGACGACAGACACCAAGAAGUCGUUAUGAAAUUGCUCUACCAUUUAAGUUACGAUGAGGACUCAAAAUCCCACUUUGCCGACUCGAUUGGGUUGAUCGUGGACAUGCUUCUACUGAACGUCGGUAACGAGGGUGACAAAAUAAUGAUCGCCCUGUGCAUAAACCUGGCAGCUCACCCCGAAAUAUCCCAUCAAAUGGCGAGGGAGAACCGACUGCGAUCCCUUAUAAUAAGAGCGUUUACAUUCGAGGACAGUAUGCUCAUGAAACUGAUCCAUAACAUCUCAAACAACUUGGUCGUAUCAUCGUCUUUUCUAGAAUUCGUCGGGGAUAUUUCGAAGGCGGUGGUCGAGUCAAAGAACCUCGAUUUUGUCAGGGAAUGCAUCGGGAUUUUAAGCAACUUGCAUCUGCCGGACUUGGAUUGGGCGGAGGUGUUUAAGCACUUUAAAAUGGCCAAUUGGAUUAAAAAAAUCAUAAGCGUAAACAGCACUGAUCCGGAAUUGGUUUUGCAAGUUAUUGUCCUCCUAGGAACCGCUGCUGCAGACGAAAACUGCUCCCAAUUACUAUGUGAAAGUGGCAUGGCUAAAACCCUAAUAGAUUUACUGAAAACCCAUCAGGAGGACGACGAAAUCGUUUUGCAAAUCGUUUAUGUGUUUUAUGUGACCCUAUGGUAUGAAACUAACGUGGAUUAUUUGAUAAAUAACACCGAUGUGCCGGCAUAUUUGAUCGACCUCCUGCAAGACAACAACAAGAAUAUUAAGAAAAUAUGCAAUAUGUGCUUAAACAUUAUUUCCGAACACGAUAGUUCGUGGGCAGUGAGGAUCAGGAUCGAGAAGUUUAGGCACCACAACGCCCAAUGGUUACAAAUGGUCGAUUCUCAGCAACUGGAACCCGAAGAUGAGGAGGAAGACGAAUUGCCUCCUUAUUUAAACACCGAGUAUUUGAGUCAAGCCGUUGUACGGCCUGCAACUGCGAUCACCAAGGAGAUGGACCUGUUGGAAGAUAAGGAAUUCAACGAUGAUUAUUUCGAAAACAGUCACGAUGACGAGCUGGAUAUUAUAGAGGAUUAUGAUAUGGAAGACCUAUAAUAAUAAGUCCAGUUCGUCGAUCCAAAACGUCUAUACUAAUCUAGUCAUUUUUUUUUUGUUACCUAUACAUUCUGGUAUGUAUUUGCCGCUUUAUUAUUUAGGUAUUAAAUAUUAAUAUACAUGUAAAUAUUGCGAUGUUUAGCGUAAGUUAUUUAUGUUUGCAGCUGUGAGAAAAUGCGUGCACUUUUUUUUUUGUUACUAGAAAGAAAAGACAGGACAGGCAGUGACUUAUCUAGUUAUUUAGACACAGUUUACAUGUUUAUACCAAAAAAAGGCCAGUCAAUAGAGAAAUUCAAGAAUUACCUAUACUUAUAGUAAGUAGUUCCUAAGAAAAUGGCAAGUUUUUAAAGUACAAUAUUAAAGUUAGUAUUGCAGUAAUAGCAUUUCUCCAAUAUUUGUAUUACUAAUUGUGUUAUAUGUCAUAAGCUUUGUCUGUGUAUUUUGCUUUUAAAAGAAGUGGAUAAAUUGAAGGGCUUCAGACCAGUAUAAAGGGCUUAAUGAAUUUUUGAACUAAUGUCCUUAUUUUUAUUUUUUGCAGUAUUUUUUCAAAGUGAUUUAUUAUACAAUAAGUGUUUACCAGAGAUUAUUUUUUUUGUUAUAGUUGUUUUAAAUGUUAUUUUUUUGUUUUUAAAUACACCAUAUAUACUUA